CGAGUGAGCGGGAACGUGGAUGAGUAAGACUAAAAAUGAUUGAGAAUCUGAAAGACAGUUGGCCAGUAAUAUUUGGGAGGGUCGCGGGUUCUAAAAGUUGAGUAGCAACACAAUUAUCGACAACAGUUAGAGAAACGAUGAGUUCUUGGAUUCAUGGAUUCUCGCGGAUUCACAUGAGCGAACGCCGCAUCGUAAACAAUAUUGCUUAGUCCACGUGAAGGGAUAAGCACUUGGAAGGCUCUCCUCAAAAGCAUCUAACAGAGCACAAUGCCGCGCCUCUUUGUUGGAGGCCUGAGUGGCCAGGUGGACAAAAAUGCCCUUGAGUUAGCAUUUUCAAAAUUUGGCCAUGUCUCCAAUGUAGACUUCAAGGAAAAAACAGAUCCAGAGGGCAAUGUUAUGAUGAAAUUUGCCUUUGUUAGUCUGGAAGGACAAAUGUAUCAGGUCCAAGAGUGUGUGACACAGAUGAACGGCUCUUCAUGGCUUGGAUCACAGCUGAGAGUGGAGGUAGCCAAGGAGAGUUUCUUGGACCGCCUGAAGAGGGAACGUAUGGAAGCGCAACAAGAGGAGAGAAAUGAUCCUUUAUCAUUUUCCAUGGCUAAUAAAUAUAGCAGAGAGGAAAGCAGAGGGAAAUAUGACUAUAACCAAGGGAUGAAUGAAAAGAGGUUUAAUCAAAACAACUGCCAAGAAAAUUUCAACUGGGGCAAGAAAAGAGAAAAACCCACAGAAAAAACAUAUCAGAAGCAGGGUGACUCUUUUAGCACCAUAUCACAGCCAAAGAAGAGGAAUGCAACAGAGGAAACUAUGAUGACUAGCUUCAAGAAUUACUCCUCAGUGUGGAAUGACAGUGAGGAAGAUUCUGGUUAUGGGAAAGACAAUAGGCCUAGAAAUAAGGCUGAAUCCAAGGAGUUCAUUGAUUCAGAUGGAGGAACAACAGCAGAUGAAGAAGAGGGAGAGGGCCAUGAUAUGGGAGAUGUCAGGAAAGAGCAGCAGGCUCAGCUGAGACUACUGGAAACCAUGCAAGGCUCAAAAAAGGCUGUGGCAAAUUUAAGGUCACUGGCAAGUUCUGGUCAUAACAGUGAUCUACGACCAAUCAUCAGAUUUGACCCAACUAGAAUGAAGCCUCAGCCUAAAGUGCAAUCAAAACAAUCCUUUGUACCAGAGGACAAACCUAUUUUGACGGAUGAUUCAAAGUAUGUGAAGGUUUCAAAGGACUUGGACUUCACACAAAAAUCAUCUGGAUUCAGUCUCUUAGCACAAUUUGGUAAACUGGAGGAUGAAGAAGAAACAGUUGAAAUUCAAGAGCAUGAGCCAGCUGUUAUACCUCAACGUGUAGAAGUUAAGCCACAGGUUGAACGCCCAAAAGGAGUCAAACAAUACAAUUUCUUCAUUACAUCCAGUGAUAGACAUAUAAAAGAUGCCUUUAAAUGGAUGAUUCAGGCAGACAGAAGAGAUGUGAGUGAAGAGUUCUACAAAGUUCAACCUGAGUUGCGUUCCUUGUAUAAAAGAAGAGCUUCCCAUGCUGUGGAGAGACGCAAGGAAACCAGGGGAAGAAAUAAGUACAAUUACCAUGGAAAUGGAGCACAAGUUUCUCUUGGCUCAGAUCAUAGGUGGAGGGAUAGAGAUGGCCACUCCAGAUAACAUAUAUGUAUUUGUUUUGUUAAUAAAACUCACAGAUUCAGUGACUUUUGUUUGCAUGUUAACUAUAGUUUCUUUAGAACUGAAUUUUCUAAAUUCCAUUGUUGUUCUGUGUUAAGAGAGUGAAAGAAUAUAUGCUUUGGAUGCUAAGCAGGUGAAUUGUUCAGACUGUAACGAGGAAAAGGGUACCAGAAUGCAGUCUUGUGCAUGUAUUAUAAAGAUAACUGAUGUGCAGGAUUUUUUAUAUAAGUAUGUCAUAUCUGUAUCCUCAAAGAUUGUUUUGUCUUAUGUGUUCUAUCAUAUACCUGUAUAUGUAAUGGUUUACCCAAAUCAGAUGGGCAUGACAUGUACAUACAUGCCAUUCCUACAGUGAGUUUACUUUAUUAAUUGUUUACACAUAGAUGGUAACACCUGUACUAAGUCACCAAGGAGCCAAUUACGAGUACUGCCUGUCUGGCCAGUUUACCCUUUUCCUUGAUUUUUAAAAAUAUUUUACAUUAUUUUAUAUUGGUGUUACGAAUGUCUAUAUUAUAGUAAUUAUAAUGUCUAUAAUAAAAAUAGCACUGUUAAUAUUCAUAGCAUUGAUAAAAAAAAAAUCCCACCAAUUCAAGGAAAAGUGAAAUCAGGUAAGGUCUCAAGGUCUACUAAUUGACUCCUUUGUGGCUAAGCAGUAGCAAAA